AUGGUUGGUUACAUCGAAUCGCUUACUGAUCCAUCUUAUGCGAAUCAGUUAUUAGUACUAACUUAUCCACUCAUUGGCAAUUAUGGUGCUCCAGAUCCUUUGGAAUUAGAUGAAUUCGGAUUGCCGAAAUAUUACGAAUCCAAAAAAGUUUGGCUCUCAGCAUUAAUCGUUAACAGGCUUUGUCCGGAAGAUGAACAUAGCCAUUGGCAAGCUUUCUCAUCACUUAAUCAGUAUCUUGAAUAUUCAAAUGUACCUUGUUUAUCAGGAAUUGAUACCCGUCAACUUACAAAAAUCAUUCGCGAAAAAGGGACGAUGAAAGCGAAAAUAAUUGUGGAUGGUGAUAAAUAUGAAGAUUAUGAAUUCAAGGAUAUCAACAAAGAAAAUCUGGUGGCACAGGUCUCAUGUAAGGAAGUGCAACAUUUUAAUAAUUAUUGCGGUCCAAAGGUGUUGGUAUUGGAUUGUGGUCUAAAGAAUAAUCAGAUUCGCUGUUUGGCGAAAAGAGGUGUCCAUAUUAAAGUUGUUCCUUGGAUUCAUCCAUUUGAUGCAGAAAAUGAUUAUGAUGGAAUACUUCUUUCUAAUGGGCCUGGUGAUCCAGCUCAAUAUUCUUCGAUAAGUGCAAAGUUAAAUAAAAUUUUAAAGUCGAAGCAUGUUCAUCCAAUAUUUGGCAUUUGUCUUGGCCAUCAGAUUCUGGCUCGUUCUAUUGGUGCAAAAACAAAAAAACUGAAAUAUGGUAAUCGUGGUCAUAAUCAGCCUUGUGUUCACGUUGAUACAGGACGAUGUUUUGCUACAUCGCAGAAUCAUGGAUAUGCAGUUGAUGAAACGGAAGAAUUACCAGAUGGUUGGAUCCCACUUUUUAUCAAUGAAAAUGAUGGUACGAAUGAAGGAAUUGUGCAUAAAUCACUUCCUUUCUUUAGUGUACAGUUCCAUCCUGAGCAUAAAGCUGGCCCAUUUGAUCUCGAAGUUCUCUUUGAUGUGUUUGUUGAUUGUAUUACGCAAUGGAAGCAAGGAAUACGUUCAUCGAUUAGGGAUUUAAUUUCAGCAAAGUUUCGCUAUGAAACAAUUUAUAAAAUUCCUGAACAAAGAAAAGUGCUUAUUCUUGGAUCUGGUGGGCUUUCUAUUGGUCAAGCUGGUGAAUUUGAUUAUUCAGGAGCUCAGGCUUUAAAAGCUAUGCGGGAACAGUCUAUACGGACAGUUUUGAUAAAUCCGAAUGUAGCAACUGUACAAACUUCAAAAGGUUUCGCAGAUCGAACCUAUUUUCUUCCCGUCACAAAAGAAUAUGUUACUGAUGUAAUCAAAAAAGAGCGUCCAACGGGUAUAUUAUGUACGUUUGGUGGACAAACGGCAUUAAACUGUGCGAUUGAUUUGUUCAAUGAUGGUGUCUUUGAACAAUAUAAUGUUUGCGUGCUAGGAACUCCUAUAGAAGCAAUUAUGAAAACCGAGGAUAGAGAAUUGUUUAGCACAGAGAUGGUAAAAAUUAAUGAAAAAAUUGCUCCAAGCAAAGCAGCAAAAUCGAUGGAUGAAGCUGUUUCAGCAGCCAGUGAACUUGGGUAUCCUGUACUUAUUCGUUCUGCGUAUGCUCUCGGUGGACUUGGCUCAGGUUUUGCAGACAAUGUAAAAGAUUUGAAGAACAUCGUCCAAAAAGCUUUGUCUUACAGUAAUCAAGUUCUGAUCGAUAAGAGCCUGAAAGGUUGGAAAGAAGUUGAAUACGAAGUUAUCCGCGAUGCUUAUGACAAUUGCAUAACUGUAUGUAACAUGGAAAAUAUUGAUCCUUUGGGUAUUCACACAGGUGAAAGCUUUGUAGUUGCUCCAAGUCAGACACUUACUAAUGAUGAAUAUCAAUGUCUGCGGUCUAAUGCGAUAAAAGUCAUACGUCAUCUUGGUAUAAUUGGUGAAUGUAAUAUUCAGUAUGCUGUGAAUCCGGAAACUUUUGAGUACUUCAUAAUCGAAGUUAAUGCUCGGCUAUCGAGAAGUUCUGCCUUGGCUAGCAAAGCCACUGGAUAUCCUCUUGCAUAUGUUGCCGCAAGACUCGCGCUUGGUGAAUAUUUGCCAAAAAUCCGUAAUAGUGUCACACAAACAACAACUGCUUGUUUUGAACCCUCAUUGGAUUAUUGCGUCGUUAAAAUACCUAGAUGGGAUUUGAAUAAAUUCGCUCGAGUUAACAACGAAAUUGGGUCUUGCAUGAAAUCAAUUGGAGAGGUGAUGGGUAUUGGUCGAUCAUUUGAAGAAGCUUUUCAAAAAGCACUUCGCAUGGUCAGCGAACGAAUAGAUGGUUUUUCACCAGAUGUUUUCCCGAAACAACCAAGCGAUUCGGACUUUGAACGUCCUACUGAUAAACGUAUCUAUGCUAUCGCUCGAGGUCUUUACCAGGGAAAUUAUGGAGUUGAUAGGAUCCACGAAUUAACUGGUAUCGAUCGUUGGUUCUUAUACCGCAUGCAAAAUAUAACCAAUACUUAUUCGAAGCUGAAACAAUAUAAUAUCGAUAAUUUGCCAAUUUCACAUCUCUUUAACGCCAAACAGUUAGGCUUUUCUGAUCGUCAAAUCGCACGAAUUAUUGACAGUGAAGAACUUAUUGUUCGCAAAAAACGCAAAGAAUUCGGUAUUGAACCAUUUGUAAAACAAAUAGAUACAGUGGCUGCUGAAUGGCCAGCUGUUACAAAUUAUCUUUUUAUGACUUAUAAUGGCGCUGAAAAUGAUUUGACUUUCAAUGUGAAGAAAGGUGUGAUUGUCCUUGGUAGCGGUGUAUAUCGCAUUGGUUCAUCCGUUGAAUUCGAUUCGUGUUGUGUUGGUUGUAUAAACGAAUUAAAGAGCCUUGGAUAUCGCGCGAUAACUAUUAAUUGCAAUCCUGAAACUAUCAGUACUGAUUAUGAUGUUUGUGACCGAUUGUAUUUUGAAGAGAUAUCGUUCGAGACUGUGCUCGAUAUAUAUGAAAAAGAACGACCAAAAGGAGUAGUAUUAUCCUUUGGAGGACAAACACCCAAUAAUAUUGCAGUUAGUCUGUUGCGUGCGAAUGUAAAUAUUUUUGGUACCUCACCAAACGAUAUCGAUUCGGCUGAAAAUCGUUUCAAAUUCAGUCGUCUUCUGGAUUCAUUGAAGAUUUCGCAGCCUCAGUGGAAAGAAACUGAUAAUCAAGCAUUAGUAGAAGAGUUUUGUGAGAAUGUUGGUUAUCCAUGCCUUAUCCGUCCAUCGUAUGUACUAUCAGGCGCAGCUAUGAAUGUCGCGCAUAAUCGGGAAGAUCUAAGGACUUUCUUACGUUAUGCCACUAUUAUUUCCAAAGAUCAUCCUGUUGUUGUCUCUAAAUUUAUUAGCGAAGCAAAAGAAAUUGAUGUAGAUGCGGUGGCUUAUGGAGGAAAAGUAAUUGGGAUGGCAAUUAGUGAACACGUGGAAAAUGCUGGGAUUCAUUCAGGUGAUGCUUGUUUGGUUACGCCACCUCAGGACAUGAAUCAAAUAACAUUGCAUAGAAUUGAAAAAAUUGUGCGUAAAAUUGCCAAGGCAUUAAAUGUGAUUGGGCCUUUCAAUAUGCAAUUAAUCGCCAAAAACAAUGAAUUAAGGGUAAUCGAAUGUAAUUUGCGUGCUUCUCGUUCGUUUCCCUUUGUCUCGAAAACUUUAGAUUAUAAUUUCGUUGCUCUGGCUACACGUUGUGUAAUGGCGAUUGAUAACAAUCGAAUUCAUCAGACCUUAAUGUCAACCGAUAUUGAAUUUAAUAGGGAACGAGUUGGUGUUAAGGUGCCUCAGUUUUCAUUUUCUCGCUUGGCAGGUGCUGAUGCGAUGCUGGGAGUAGAAAUGACUUCUACUGGUGAAGUUGCUUGUUUCGGGCGUAAUCGAUAUGAAGCAUAUUUGAAAGGCCUUCUUUCAACUGGUUUUACUUUUCCAAAGAAAACUAUCUUCUUGUCAAUUGGUGGAUAUCACGCAAAGGCUGAGAUGCUUCAGAGUGUACGAGAAUUGCUUGCUAUGGGAUUCGAGCUGUUAGCAAGCAAAGGAACUGCUGAUUAUUUCCUAUCAAAUAAAAUACCUACAAAAACAGUUGAAUGGCCGACUGAAGAUGAAAGCGCCGAAACAGACGAAAAAACUUCUGCAGAAUCACUCAACCUUGCCCACUUAAUCGCUAAAAAAAAUGUGCAUUUAUUGAUUAAUUUGCCUAUUCGUGGCUCAGGUGCUUAUCGAGUGUCAAAUGUUCGAACGUUAGGUUACAGAACACGACGAAUGGCAAUUGAUAAUGGUAUCCCACUUAUUACUGAUAUAAAAUGUGCAAAACUUUUCAUAGAAGCUUUGCGGAUCAUAGGUGCACAUCCACCGGUUAAUUCUUUAAUCGAUAGUAUUUCAUCGUGUUCAUUGUUGCGCCUUCCUGGUUUUAUUGACAUCCAUGCACAUUUGCGCGAACCCGGUGGGGAAUACAAGGAAACAUGGCAAAGUGGAACAGAAGCUGCUGUGGCUGGAGGGAUUACAAUGUUAUUAGCAAUGCCCAACACAAAUCCACCGAUCAUCGAUACUAAUACAUUGAAAGUUGUUGACAUGAUUGCUUCAAAAUCUUCUAUUGUGGAUUAUGGUUUAUAUGUUGGUGGAACUGCUGACAAUAGUGAAGAAGUGAAAUGUAUAUCUGCUAAUACUGCCGGUUUAAAGUUAUACUUGAACGAUACAUUUACAACAUUAAAGAUGGAUAAUAUAUCUGAUUGGAUAAAGCAUUUUUCUCAGUUUCCAAAAGAUCGAGUUAUUGUUUGUCAUGCAGAAGGUCGAACAUUGGCAGCAGUGCUGUCGAUUGCCCAAUUAACUGGGCGAGCAGUUCAUAUCGCUCAUGUUUCAACUGCUGAAGAAAUAUGGAUUAUACGGAGCGCUAAAGAAAAGGGUUGGCAAGUCACAUGUGAAGUUACUCCGCAUCAUUUAUUCCUAACAAAAGACUCGAAUCUAGGAGAGGGUUGGGAAGAAGUUCGUCCAUCGCUAGCCAAUUUAAAUGAUGUUGCUGCGUUAUGGGAAAACAUUGAUUAUAUAGAUUGUUUUGCAUCUGAUCACGCGCCUCAUAGCCGCGAUGAAAAGGUGACGAAAAAAUUACCAGGAUUCCCUUCAAUCGAAUACAUGGUUCCACUAUUUUUAAAUGCUGUAAAUAACGGCAAACUUACUAUUAAGCAAUUAAUUGAUCGGUUGCACGAUAAUCCUAAGAGAAUUUUCAAUCUUCCAUCUCAAAGUAAUACUUAUAUUGAGGUUGAUAUGAAUGAAAAAUGGACGAUUCCUCAGGAAGGUGGUUCAAGUAAAGCACAGUGGACUCCAUAUGCUGGAAUGUCUAUUAAGGGACGAAUAAGAAUUGUUGUUAUCCGUGGGGAGGCAUUGUUCGUUGAUGGUCGGACAGUGAUAGCACCAGGAUAUGGCAAAAAUAUACGUGCUGCUGAUUAUUAUGAAAAAGUUGAGACAUUUCCGAAUGCAUAUAAAGAUUCAAAUAAGAUAUCUCCUGAAAAAUACACUCUUGUUAGCGACGUGGCUGAUAGUUCUUUUGAUAGAAAAGAAUCAUUUGACCUUAGUAUUCAAAUGCAAGAAUCUCUUGAAGACGAGCACUUUAAGAACCAAAGCAUUAUCACAGUUGAUGGACUUACGAAAUCGAUGGUCAAUAAAAUUUUUGACCUUGCAACGCAAUACCGGAUUGAUACGGAGCGGCACAAUUGUAUUAGUGACGUUUUAAAAGGAUACGUUAUGGCUUCAAUGUUUUAUGAAGCAUCCACUCGUACCUCCAGCUCAUUCUCUGCUGCUAUGCAACGAUUAGGAGGUAUGGUUAUAAGUAUGGAUAAGGAAACAUCAUCUGUGCAAAAAGGAGAGACUUUGGAAGAUUCAGUUUUGAUUAUGAGUGGAUAUGCUGAUGUAAUAGUUCUACGACAUCCAGAAGCGGGCGCAGCAGCACGUGCAUCUCAAGUUACACAAAAGCCUGUAAUUAAUGCUGGAGAUGGUACUGGGCAACAUCCCACUCAAGCUCUUCUGGAUCUCUUUACUAUUCGCGAUGAAUUGGGCACAAUAAAUAAUACAACUAUUGCAAUGGUUGGCGAUUUAUUGCAUGGUCGAACAGUGCAUUCUUUGGCUCAGUUGCUAUGCCUUUAUACUGGAAUUACUUUACAUUAUGUAAUUCCAUCUGAAAAACUUGCUAUGCCACAGAAUAUUGUUGAUUAUGUCGCAAGACAUGGGUUUGAACAGAAAAUAUUCACUGAUCUUGCUGAAGGAAUACGUGGCGUCGAUGUCGUUUAUAUGACGAGAAUUCAAAAGGAACGAUUCGUUUCAUUAGAAGAAUAUGAAAAAGUGAAAAAUAAUUUUGUUUUGACGCAAAAACUAUUGAAUCAAGUAUCGCAUCUUCAGAAGUUAACUCGAAAAGGGCGUGAGCGACAAUUACCCAUAGUCAUGCAUCCACUACCGAGAGUGAAUGAAAUAUGUACUGAAGUGGAUAGCGAUGAACGUGCUGUUUAUUUCCAUCAAGCCAAAAAUGGUAUGUAUGUAAGGAUGGCAGUUCUUACACUUGUACUUGAUAAUAAGUCUUAA